AUGAACCUGCUAUGCUUCCUGCUGUCAGGCCUACCCGCAGACGGCACCAUUGCGGCAGAGGUGGCCUUCAUGUUUAACGAGUGGUAUCGCCCAGAGUGCAAGCUGGACUUUCCCAUUGGCGGCAGCCAGGCCAUGGUGGCUGCAUUGGUCAGGUUUGUGUAG